CUUCGUUCCGUUGCCACCGUGGUACGAUUGCGUGUGGAGCAAAACAAACUCAAAUAAAAACAACCCUCAGCAGGCGGCGAGCCAUCACUUCAUCUUGUUGAUUGUCACCGGUUGUACGGCGUUUGUGCCAUUUCUUUCUUUUAUCUGCAAUUAUUUGCUGUUUCAAAAUUUAACGUGAUAAAGCCACAUAAACCAAACGAGUUGUGGUCGGUGCAAUUGGUGUGGUAGAGACGCGCGGAAGAGAAGGCUGUUUACUGUUCAUCCUCAAUUUGCCCUGAUAGCGAUGAGUUCCAGCAGUGCCGAGGGAAACGGUUCCCCCGAUAAUAACAAUAGCCGACCGUCGGGGGCUUCAGUUACAAUUAAGUCAAUAGACAGCAAAGUCGAACAGCGUGGUUCAGUGACGGAAAGCUACGAAAUGGUCGAUACCGGCAAGAGCGCCCCGCCAGUCACCUUAACCGUGGACGGUUUCGGCACAGUGAAGCAUCCCAAGACCGGUGCCACUGAAACGGUGAAACGUUUCACCUGGCAGAACACCGAUGGCAUAUCGGUGCAGGUCAUUUCGUACGGGGCCAUCAUCACCGUGAUGAAGGUGCCCGAUCGCAACGGUCGGGUUGAUGAUGUGGUGCUAGGUUUCGACGACAUUCCCGGCUAUCAGACACCGAACAAUCCGUACUUCGGUGCUACCAUCGGGCGCAUCGCGAACCGAGUUGGUGGUGGCAGAUUCACCCUCAACGGGCAGGAGUUUCAGGUGACGAAGAAUUUCGACAAGCGGCACCAGCUGCACGGCGGAAAGAUUGGGUUCGACAAGUACAACUGGGAGGCGUUCGUGGAUGGGACGGCUGUAACGCUUACCCACACAUCCCCCGACGGUGACGAGGGAUAUCCCGGUGCGGUGAUGGUCAGCGUUCGGUACGAGCUGAAGGCGGACAAUCGAUUCGAGGCGCUCUUCAAGGCUGCUUCGACAAAGCCAACGCCCAUCAAUCUCACGAACCAUUCCUACUUUAACCUGGCCGGUCAUGCAACCGGGCACGAGGAAAUCUAUCGCCACGUAGUGAGCAUCAAUGCAGAUAAGAUUACCGACACCGAUGUCGAUUCGAUUCCGAGUGGCAAAUUCAUCUGCGUCGGCGGCACACCAUACGAUCUGCGCAUACCGCGCGAACUCGGCCCUGCAAUGGCCAAAACCGUGGGCAAGGGCUUCGACGAUAACUUCUGCCUUACGAAGGGCACCGAACAGGGCCGCACGUUUACCGCACGCGUGAUCCAUCCGCACAGUGGGCGCGUGCUGGAGGUGUACACCGACCAGCCAGGCGUGCAAUUUUACACCAGCAACUUUAUGCCGGAUCCCAACAAGAAUAUUAAUCCGAAACCGGUCAACGCUCCGGAAUACUACGAGGUGACUCGCCUCGAACCGCUCAUCCCCGAGGGAGCGGCUGAUCCUCCAAUUCGCGGUAAAGGUGGCGCAAAGUACUGCAAGCAUGGUGCCUUCUGUUUGGAAACGCAAAAUUUCCCUGACGCGAUCAACCAGCCCAACUUCCCGUCGGCCGUACUAAACCCGGGCGCACAGUACGUGCAUGAGGUAGUGUAUAAAUUUGACGUACUUCGUGACUAAUAUGUAAUGAAAGAAAGCAAAAAACCCAAGCUAUGUCGGAUAUCUAUAGAAAAGGUUUCCUAACAUAAAGAGGAUGGAUGGUUUAAAUCAAUCCAGUAUAUUGUCAUAUCAAUAAAAAAUAUUUU